AUGUUUUCAUCUAGAUUUUUCUGGGUGUACAGUGAAGCUUUCUACAAACUUCAAUGGCGUGUUGAUCAACGCCUGCUCCAGAAAUAUAAGGAGGAGGAAGAGAAGAGGAAGAACUCUUGGAGCAAGUUUUUGGGGAAGACAUUUUCGAUUCCAAGCAAGAACAGAGAAGAAUUGAAGGAUGAUCAAAGGAAACCAAGGAUUCUGAUGGGUAUCGAAAGAGGAAAGGAGUCAAGUUUUUGGAUGAACAGGAACAAGGUGUUGAAAUCUCUUAUAAAAGCUCAGAAAAGAUCAUGGGAGGAGAGGAGUUACUAG